AUGGAAGAAGACUACAAGACUGACAAAUGUCCACCCCCGCCAUAUCCACAUCGUCCGCCUCCCUCAGGCACCCGAAUCCCGCUGCAGUUAAACUCUGCUUUCCCUGACCUCGCGCAUACCAACAAACCCGCAUGCUACGACGCAGACGGGGUUUCUCCCGUCUUCAUUGGAUCAGCAAUCUUCCAGCGCUCCGUCCAUCCAUGCAAGAUUGCACCCCAUCUUCCAAUUCCGUGCCGUGUUCCAUAUGGUUCCGCAGAGGUAGAGCAUGACGGGCGGUACGACCUUCUGCCAUUUGACCCGGUGACCAUGGAAUGGGUUCCUACGAGUCACGGUCGUAUCCCUCACAAUCGGGAUCCUGUUGCUGGAGGUUAUGAAGAGAAUGGGCAGCAUUUGUAUCAUGCAAUGGGUCGCGUGAAUGGGACUUGGGUUCCUGGUAAAACAGGAGAACAUCUUGAGGGAUGCAAUGUCGCAUUUGGUGGUGGAGAGCACAUUAUCAGAAAUGACUACGAGAUAUUGUGCUGGAGGAGUGCAUAUCUCAGCGGGGAGAAAUAG